GCACGGACAAACCAGGUGUUAAAAAGCGCAUAUAUGACGGUAUCAAUGCCAUCAACGCCCAAUAAAGGGCUUAAAGAGGUUCCUACGAACUGUCUUACGUAUAGAGAAGGGGUUUCACAGCGGUUAUUGUUAUCACCGCGGAAAUUACCGAUAUCAAAUGAUAUAAUAGAAAAGCCAUCAUUAGAAGAUCUUAAAAGAUUGAAUAAAAGCACGGUUAACCAUCUGCGUACGCUUUGCAAGCUUACGCAGAUGAAUAAUUGCGAAGGAAUAAGUAUUCCGGGGGUAACUAAAGGAGCGGAAGACGUUGCAGGAAUGCAUGGAAGGAUACGAUUGCAGAAAGGGAGUGGAAGUGGGAACAGAGUUUUUUCGUGGUCGAAAACCUGGAUGGAUAAACAACGUGCAAAUAUACAAGCAUAUGAAUAUUUAUGUCAUAUAGGAGAAGCAAAAGAAUGGAUAGAAUUGUGUAUAGGAGAAGAGAUUCCGGCGAUUUUAGAAUUGGAGGAAUCAUUACGUGAUGGGGUUAUUUUAGCAAAGCUUUCAAGAGUAUUUUUUCCGGAGUUAGUUCCGAAGAUUUUUGAGGCAACGAAAUUGCAAUUUCGACAUAGUGAUAAUAUUAAUCGUUUUUUUCAAUUUAUCGAAAGAAUUAAUUUACCAGAUAUUUUUAGAUUUGAAUUGACAGAUCUUUAUGAAAAAAAGAAUAUUCCGAAAGUUAUUUAUUGCAUUCAUGCAUUAUCAUUUAUGCUUUCACAUAUUGGACUUGCGGCAUCUAUGAAUAAUUUAGUAGGAAAGCUUGAAUUUACAGAUGAACAAAUUAAAAAUACGCAACGUGACUUAGAUAUAGCAGGUGUAAGUCUUCCUAAUUUUAAAAAUAUUGGAAAUACGCUGGCAGGGGAGUUAAAUAUUCCAGAGGAAAAAAGAAUCAAUAAAUAUAAUGAACCACCUUUUGAAAAAGAAGCAUUUGCCUUAAAAUGUCAAUCGAUUUGUAGAGGAUAUCUUUUACGUAAGAAAUUGAUAGAUGCUUUUCAAAUUCUUUUGGAUCAAGAAGAAGUUAUUUCAUUAUUGCAAGCAUGUAUAAGAGGUUUUUUUGUACGGAAAUUGUUUCUUGAAAAAAUGAAUGAAUUUCAUAAAUUUAAAGAAUGGGUAAAAAAUAUUCAAACGAUAUCCAGGGGAUAUAUUAUACGAAAAUUUUACAUAGGAUGGAAAGAUUCAAUUGAUUAUUAUAAACAAGAUAUUAUUAAGGUUCAAUCUAUGAUUCGGGGAUAUUUACUACGGAAAAAAAUUUCCUCUUUAUUUGAUGAUUUCAUGAAAAGCAAGAACUUAAUUGUUAAGAUGCAAUCAUAUUCUCGAGGAUUGCUUUUUCGACGUACUUUUAAAAAUCAUAUUUUACGUUUACAUUCAAUGAAUCGAUAUUCUAUUUUCCUUCAAGCUCAUUGUCGUGGUGUUCUACUUCGAAAGAGGCUUCAAUAUAUCCUUGGAUCUUUACUUCAUAAAGGGGAUAUGAUUGUAAUUCUUCAAAGUUAUAUUCGAGGAAUGUUAGUUCGUAACAAGCUCAAUAGAAGAAUGAAAUAUUAUCAAGAAAAUAUACAAAAGAUAAUUAAAGUUCAAAGUUUUGUUCGCGGAAAACUUCAAGGACGAGCUUAUAAAAAUCUUACCUCUGGGAAAAAUCCUCAAGUUGCGACUAUUAAAAAUUUUAUUCAUCUGUUAAGUGAUAGUAAUUUUGAUUUCCAAGAAGAAAUUGAAAUGGAAUCGCUUAGGAAAAUGAUUGUUCAACGUGUUCGUGCUAAUCAGAAUGCCGAAGAACAUAUCUACCAAUUGGAUUUGAAAAUUGCUUUGUUGGUUAAAAAUAUGAUAACUUUGGAUGAAGUUAUUCGUCACCAAAAGCGAUUUUCUUCAAAAAAUUUAUUAAAUUCAUAUUCUCAAGGACCUUUAAAAGAUCCAUUUGACUUAAAAGCUCUUAAUAAAUCUUCUAGAGAGAAACUAGAGUUAUAUCAGGAUUUUUUUUUUCUUUUGCAAACUUGUCCUGAAUAUUUUGCACGUCUAUUUUAUAGUUACUAUGAGAGAGGUGCAUCUGAGGAAGAUAUUAAACAGCUUGAGAGUUUCCUGGCAUGUAUUUUUGGCUAUGCCCAAAAACGAAGAGAAGAAUAUUUUUUAUUAAAGUUGGUUCGAAGAAGUAUCAUUGAAGAACUUAUUAAAGUUGAAAAUAUACAAGAACUUUUCGAACGUAAUUCUUUGUGGAUAAGAAUUAUCGUUUCUUACAAUAGGAGUGUUAAAGAAAGAAGAUAUCUAAAAGAACUUUUUGAGCCUUUAAUAGAAAAAAUAAUUGAAAAUGAUAAUCUCGAUCUUGAAAGCGAUCCUGCAAUGAUAUAUCAUUCGAUAAUUUCUAAAGAAGAGCGUUUAACCGGUCAUAAGAGUAAACGACCGCUUAAUCUCAAAAAGACUGAUGCAAUUCAAGAUCCAGAAACCAGAGAUCUUUUUAUUAAACACCUUCAAGAUUUGAGAGAUUGGACAGAAAGCUUUAUUAAUGCUAUAGAAACUAGUAUACACAAAAUGCCAUUUGGAUUACGAUAUAUAGCAAGAGAAGUAUAUCGAACACUUUUGACAAGAUUCCCUGAUGAAGACCCAUUAGAGAUUUUUAAAUUUAUUGGCUAUAUAAUAUACUAUCGUUAUUUUGAUCCUGUUAUAAAUGCACCAGAUUCUUUCAAUAUUAUUAAUGGAUCUAUUACGACUUUACAGCGUAGAAAUUUAGAAGAAAUUUCUAAGAUGCUUUCACAAAUUACAACAGGUGAAUUAUUUGAUGAAAAUGAUGUAUUUCUUCGUCCUCUUAAUCUAUAUCUUGAAACGGCAAUUCAAAAAAUGAUGAAGAUUUUUAAAACAGUAAUUGAUGUACAAGACGCUGAACAAUAUUUUGAGAUGGAUGAAUUUGAUGAUAUUACUUGUACUCAAAAACCGAUUUUAUAUAUUAAGAUUUCUGACAUAUUUGCUAUCCAUUCUUUAGUUUAUAAUGAAAUUGAAAUUAUGGCACCAGACCAAGAUGAUCAGUUACGCGAUAUUAUUAAACAACUUGGAUUAUUAUCGAAUAAUGAGGAAUUUAUGAAAAUAUCAGACACUGAAAUUGAUCUUACAUUGAAUCCUAGACUCAUUCAUGUAGAAAAUUCUGAUUCUGAAAUUCGAACCUUAUUCAUGGAAACAAAACAUUAUAUUUUUUAUAUUAUUCGAGUUCAAACCGGAUUAAAUUUGAUGGAAAUACUUAUUCAGCCUGUACAUCCUAAUGAUGAAAUAAAAUGGAAGAAAAUUCUCGCUGAAGAAACUAAAAAUAAUAAACAUUCAAAUACAUAUGCGAGAAACGAUUUAUACAAUAUUAAAAAAAUGUCAUUUUCUGAAAUCAAAGCUGCUACUCUUGAUAAUAUUCUAAAACUUGAGUCUAAAGGCAUAAUAUCUAGAUCCAAUUACUAUCAGGAUUUAUUAAAUGCAAUUGCUACUGAUAUUCGUACAAAACAUCGCCGUAGAAUACAGCGACAAAUGGAACUCGAGAGUGCGAGACAAACAUUAAUUCAUUUAGAUAAUAAGGCUCUCUAUUUGAAGUCUCAACUUGAAAGUUACAACGAUUAUAUAGAGAAAUCUUUGAUUUCAUUACAAACUAAAAAAGGAAAGAAAAAGCCAGUUGUUCCCUUUACUAAACAAUAUUUUCAUCUUAGGAACCUAAAACGAUCUGGUCAGGUUCCAAAAUUCGGAUCUCAUAAAUAUUCUGGUCGUCAACUUUUUGACAAGGGAGUAAUUGUUUCAAUAAUGAAUCAUGAGGAAAAGGAUUAUGGAAAGUUUUACUUUACACUUUCUUCGAACGAUGUUGGCAUUUUUGUUAUCGAGGUUACUUCUGCAUCUUUUCAUAUUCCUAAUUCCAUAUUACAAUUGAAACUAGAUGAUCUGCUUGAAGCACAAUAUAAUAAUAUUGAGAUUUUGUCAUUAUUUGAAGGGUUGAUCAAAAUUAAUGUCAAUUUAAUGCUGCAUAUGAUUUUUAGGAAGUUCUAUUCUAAUUCAUAGGAGUUUUUUUUGAAUAUUUUCAGAUGGGUUACAUAAUUUGUAAAAU